AGAACAACAACAACAAGAAGAAAAAGAAGAAGAACAGCAAGAAAAAAAAGAACUCACUGCGUGGUUUCAUUUCAGUUGUUUCAUUUGGAAGAUGAAGCAGAACUCGAACGUCCCGGCUUUCCUCGCCAAGCUGUGGACGCUGGUCGAGGAUGCGGACACCAAUGAAUUAAUCUGCUGGAGUCAGGAGGGCAACAGCUUCCGAGUGUUGAACGAGCAGCGCUUUGCGAAGGAGAUUCUCCCCAAGUUCUUCAAGCACAACAAUAUGGCCAGUUUCAUCAGGCAGCUCAACAUGUAUGGAUUCCGUAAGGUUAUACACAUUGACACAGGCAUUGUAAAACAGGAGAGAGAUAGUCCAGUGGCAUUUCAGCACCACUACUUCAAACAUGGACAGGAUGACCUGCUGGAGAACAUCAAGAGGAAGGUUUCUAAUGCUCGGCCGGAGGACAAUAAGAUUCGACAGGAAGACCUGACAAAAAUAUUGGCCAGUGUUCACAGUGUUCACAGCAAACAGGAGAACAUUGAUGCCAGGCUGGCAACACUCAAGAGGGAGAAUGAAGCUCUCUGGAGGGAGAUCUCAGAUCUGAGACAGAAACAUGCCCACCAACAACAGCUCAUUAAAAAGCUGAUACAUUUCAUCGUCACAUUAGUACAGAACAACCACAUCCUGAAUUUAAAGCGUAAGAGGCCAAUUCUUAUUAACAGCAAUGGAAAGAAGCCCAAAUAUAUUCAUCAGAUCUAUGAUGACAAAGUGUGUGUGGAACAGCCAUCUGUCAACAGUCUCAAUGGUGUGAAGGGCUCUGAGAUAUUGGAUGAUGUUAUCAUCUGUGACUUAUAUGAGAAUGAUGCAGAGGUGAUGGCGGAGAUCACAGAGGGGUCACAUACAUACUAUGAGGAAGGUGAUGUAGAAAUCGUGGAAGUAGAGCAGGACAGAUGUGCAGUCUUGCCAGCAGAGACGGAGGUGAGCACCACCUGCACAGAUAACAAACAGACAGAGGCUGGUGUGACAGCAUCAUCAGAAGAUUCCCAGAGGAGCAGCAUUUUAGACAGCAGUUGCCCGACCAGCAGCGCCCUGCAGCUCAAUAAACCCUCAGGCCUCAGUCUGGAGGACCCCUUCAAGAUGAUGGACUCCAUAUUGAACGAAAACGGAGCUAUAUCACAGAACAUCAACCUGCUUGGCAAGGAUGAGCUAAUGGACUAUCUGGACAGUAUUGACUGCAGUCUGGAGGAUUUCCAGUCCAUGCUAUAUGGAAAGCAAUUUGGAAUUGAUUUUGAUGCCAUAGAGGAGAGUGUGCCCUCCAAAGAGAACACUGCACAGCUGAACAGAGACAGGACAGAAGAAGAACACAUUGAUAAGCAGUUAAUCCAGUACACCUCCUGUCCCCUGCUGGCCCCCCUUGAUGGCUGUACCCCUUGUCCAGAGUUGGACCCAGGCACCAGUGGCAGCAGCAGCAGCUCCUCUGAUUUCUCCAUCAUCCACCUUCAGCCCUCCAGCUCCAGUGCUUCUGUGGAGGCUGAUCCCCCCUCAGAGCUGCUGGACACCAGCCUGGUCAAACAGCCAGUCUGCAACUCUUUUGUCUGCCUGGAGCCUCUGACAGAAGCGGAGGCCAGCGAGGACACACUCUUUUAUUUUUACUUGUGUGAACUGAGUCCUGUUGGAUUGGAGGUCGACUCGACCCAGCAGCACAGAGUGUGAGCAGACACUGAUGCCAGUCACACUGAUAUUGGUUCACUGACUGUGCCCCUUCCAUCUUCCAGAUAAUGCUGACAUUGUGUGUUAAUCUUCCUCAUCUCUCUGGCAUGACGUGUGUGUUUUGGUUGAGAAGCAGCAACCAAAGGGAAGGCAACACAAGGCUUCUGCAGUUUAUACCAUGUUCCACAUUUUUACAUGCAAGACUAGAGUUUUUGAGAAAUUUUCACAUACAAUACUAGUUUAAUAACCUCUAGAAAUGUAUCCUUUUACAGAUAUGAUUUGUAUCACUCGGUCAAAACAGGAGACAUGUAUGAAGGACAAAUAUGUAUUAAGUUCUUAAAAGACAUGGAGAUUGAAGGUCUCCUAAUAUCCUUAGGUCACCAUUUGGACUUAGGGCCAAUUUAUGCUUUUACGCCUUUUCUAAAACGGAUAGAAGACCGCCCUAUCCGUCGUGGAACGCCCUCUCCGAGCGCCUCGGAGAGCUUUUCGUACACGUCUGAUUUUUCUAACUAUCCGUCCUCAUGUCGGAGAGCCCACGGACAGCUCUUGGCUGUGAUUGGUCCGCGAACGACGUCAUUUCCCUACGACGUCAUUUCCGGACCUCAAACUUCCUGUUUACUUCCCUGUAGCAUCAAACACAACUACGAUUCUACGAUUAAUGUGACGUGUGUGUUGAGCCAGCGAAGUUGUCCGGCUGACGGUGGCUCGUUAGAGCACUGACGGCAUGUGUGCACGGUCACAUACGGUUAUAACGAGCUUUCAAAACGGCGCUAGCAGGCUAGGCUAGCGGGCUAUCCACCAUGCUAACCGCGGUGGUAACAGUGCAAGAACCCGCCGUCACGACUUUAAUUCCACUUCUAUCAUGACACUGUUUCUAUAGUACCAUCAGGUUAGAAGCAAACACUGGGUAGUAGUUAGUGUCGGGAGUCCUGCUGACUGUGUGUGGAAGCUGGGGGGAAAGCUAGCUGGGAGGGGAGCUAGCUAGCUUCGUGUAGCCUCAAGCAGAUUCAAGCUGUGGAAUAAGCAACACAGUUCGGAAACAAGACCGGGGAACCUCUGCGCUAAGAAACGAUAACAUCAGCAUUUUGACCCGCUGGGUGUCACUUUAUUUAGUUCUGUUAGUUGCCAUGGUUCAGUGUGUGGGAGACAGAGAUAAACAGACACACGUGGACUUCUUCUUCCCAAAAUUGGGGUAGGCUUCUCUGAGCUCGUCUUCCGUUGCGCCACCUAUGGGUUUGGCGAUGAAUUUUUUUCGACGUACAGUGGUCGGACUAGUAAAAAUUUAGCUUUGUUCUAUGUAGUUAUUACAAUGGUAUAUGGUCUCAGAACAGCCACACUGGAAGGUAGAGUGAGAAGCCAGCCAUCAUUGUAAGGAGGGGGGGUGAUAUGGUUUAAAAAAGGGGUUUGUGGUGAACAUUUUCAGUUCCCAGGAAGUCAUUCAUACUGUUAGUUGGUAGUUCACAUGAAUCUCCCACAAGAUAAUGAAAAAUGUCCUGCCUUUGUGUCCUCUCACAUCAGAAAAAUGUCACAUUAAAGUUAUUGUGUGAAUCUGUGG